AUGCAGUCACAACCCCUUACAAGUGCCACGAACUCAGACGGAAUACCAUCGAAGGAUGGUCUUGGGCCCAAGAUUUGGACCGGAACACACUUCUUACCGCGUUUUGUGCGGGCUGCCGAAGUUCCAGGUGAAGGCUUGUGUUUCUUCUACGACGACGGGAGCCACUGCAAGACCAUCAUCGACGGCGAGCAAGUCAACGCACACUGGGGUGUAACAAAGGCAGGGAAGCCAAGGAAGAGGCUCGCGAUUGCCUGUGUUACGUGCAGAGAGAAGAAGAUCAAGUGCGAUCCCGACUUCCCUCGGUGCGUCCAGUGCGAGAAGUUUGGCCGGGUUUGCAAGUUCAAGAACGCACCUCGAGGUGGCCACAACACGUCCCCAUCGACAGCUGCGGCCGAGCCAGAAGAUGUCCGGCGAAUGGGAGGUCCUGCCAGUGAAAUGCACCGACCUGGUAGCAACUCCAGCGCCUCGGUCUCUCCCCGGACGACCUUGCGCCAGCCCAGUCCGGAGCCUCCAAUGUCUCACAAGAGGAUGAGGUUGGACUUUGAUUCAUACCCGUCCAUGGCAAGCGAGCCGCCGUCGCUGAAUCGCACCCCCGAGGCGCCCAGGGCGAGCCUCUCCUGGCAGCAUCGCCAGCCUUAUGAGCUUCCUCCCAUCCAAGACCACCUGCUCAACCGAGCAUGGCAAUCAGAUCCGUAUGUGUCCGACCCUGAAUCAAUUAGCACCUUAAUCUCCUCCUUCUUCGUACACACCGACAGCACCAUGGCCCUUCGUUUUUUGCCCGAGACAGCGUUCAAAUCCUGGGUGACCGGUAAUGCUUAUAUCAAGUCUCCAGGAGACCUGAUGCUCAUCUAUAGCAUCCUCGCCGUCGGCGUAGCCUUGUCAGGAGGACCCAAGAACAUCGCCAACGAAUACGCCCAGAUCGCCCACUACGCGCAGCACCGAGCUGCUUGCAACCUUCAGCUCACGCAGGCUCGUCUGCUUCUCGCGCUGUACUACCUGUCACUCUCUAGGCUGAACGACGCGAACGAGUUGAUCAGUGGAGCCAUAUCAGCAUCGAUCGAUCUGCAGCUAAACCUCGAACUUGAAAAGUCGAUCGAAGCGGACCUGACAGACUUCCCUUAUGGUUUGCAAAGAGAUGGAUAUUCAGAGAGCCGAAGACGAACUUACUGGGCAUGCUUCGUACUGGAACGACUCAGCGGCGUGUUUCCCAACCGGCUGAGCAUUCUGAACGUCAAGGACAUCUUUAUCCGACUUCCAUGCGAAAACGAAUUGUUCGAACGUCAGGCAAAAUCCGACGCUUCCUUUUUCCCAGCAGCGAUGGCUAUGUCAUCCAAAGCCGUCAUUCGGCCAUUGGGUAUCUUGGCCUACCUGGUCCAGCUUGUGGCCAUCUGGGGUGAGGCUAUGUCUGAACUCUACAGGGCUGCCCAAAGCCAAGAAACAGACUACGACGCCGCGGGCUUCAUUGACACCGUGAUGGAGAAGUUGAUCGGAUGGCGCGAGUCCCUGCCCGAGUGCUUCACUUACAGCUCGGGCAAUAUGGCCCUGGCUGCACAAGAUGGCACUCUCAGCACAUUCCUCACCAUCCACCUGGUAUAUCUCCACGGGCUCAUGAAGAUCCAUCGACACGUCCGGACAGAGUCGAUCGCUGCCUCGGUACGGCUACAAUACGAAACGCGCAUCCAUGAGGAAGCAACGCGGGUUCUGGACAUCACGGGCAUGUUGGAAGUGCUGCUCCAGGGCCGCCGAGCUCCCAUCAGUGCGCCGCCUCCUUUCAUGAGCUACGUCAUCCUCGAGGCUACUGACGUCCUCACGGCGGAGGGGUCCUUGGCGGAUGUCUCGCUCCUUCUGGAUCGGCUCGCGGUCGCAAGGGCGACUGUCGAUGCUGCGGGAAUGGUAUGGGAAGAGGCUCGGGCCCAUCAAUCGGCCAUGGAACAGAGGCUCGAUGCAUUACGUGCUCUGCGGGAUCGUCAGCCCAGCGACGCGCCCCUCGCCGGUAGCAGGGUGUUUGAUCACGAAGAGAGCAAGGAUAGCAAGCUGCCUGCGGGGAGGUGUUGGCAGAUGGACGAUCCAAUGGGCACAACAUUUCCUCGAAGGAUGGAUCUCGUAUACAUUCGAAGCUGA